AUGCUGCACGGCCCCGCCGCCAUGGGGGAGCCGUGGCCGCCGCAGCCGCAGCAGCAGCGGCUCCCGGGGCUCGGCAACGCCUCGGAGCCCAGCGCCUGGCCGGCGGCGGCGGGCGGGCCGGGGACGGCGGCGCCGGGCGGCGGCGGGGCCGGGGCCGGGGCCGGCGGGGCCGUCAGCCCCUGGGACAUCGCGCUCUGCGCCACGGGGACGGCGGUGGCGGGGGAAAACGCGCUGGUGCUGGCCGUGCUCUUCUACACGCCGAGCCUGCGGGCCCCCAUGUUCCUGCUGAUCGGCAGCCUGGCGCUGGCCGACCUGCUGGCGGGGCUGGGGCUGGUGGCCAACUUCGCCGUGCGCUACCUGCUGCGGCCGCCCAGCGAGGCGGCAGAGCUGGGGGCGGCGGGGCUGCUGCUGGCCGCCUUCUCCGCCUCCGUCUGCAGCCUGCUGGCCAUCACCGUGGACCGCUACCUCUCGCUCUACAACGCGCUCACCUACCACAGCGAGCGCACGCUGGGCUUCACCUGCGCCAUGGUGCUGCUGAUGUGGCUGCUGUGCCUGGGCGUGGGGCUGCUGCCCCUCCUGGGCUGGAACUGCCUGCGGGACCAGAGCGCCUGCAGCAUCCUGCGGCCCGUCACCAAGGACAACGCGGCGGUGCUGGCCGUCACCUUCCUGCUCCUCUUCGCCCUCAUGAUGCAGCUCUACCUGCAGAUCUGCAAGAUCGCCUUCCGGCACGCCCAGCAGAUCGCCGUGCAGCACCAGUUCAUCGCCACGGCGCAGGCCACCUCCACCCGCAAAGGGCUCUCCACCCUCUCGCUCAUCCUCGGCACCUUCGCCCUGUGCUGGAUCCCCUUCGCCAUCUACUCCUUGGUGGCCGACUCCAGCUACCCCGUGGUCUACACCUACUCCCUGGCGCUGCCCGCCACCUGCAACUCCCUCAUCAACCCCAUCAUUUACGCCUUCAGAAACCCAGACAUCCAGAAGUCGCUCUGGCUGGCCUGCUGCGGGUGCGUCCCUUCCACCUUCUCCUCCAGACCAAGGACAUCCAGCGAUGUGUGA